AUGUUUCUUCGCAGCGCCGUUUCGCGGCCCGCCGCCACUCUUCUCUCAUCAACAGCACGCAUUCCGGCCGCCAGCCCGUCGCUGCGGUUAGCGGCGCAGGUGCGCUUUAACUCAGGCUCCAACGUGCCCCCUUCCCAGGUCGAGCCGACGCGGCCGUGUCCGUCCUGCGGGAAGCCGAUCCCGUACCCCGCCUCGCCUUGUCCGAACUGCGGAGGACUCGUCAACAUUCCGCCCGGACUGUCGCUGCACUCCCUGCUCGGCGUUAGCGACCCGAUCCCGGUCGGCGAGCAGCACCCCACGUUCAAUGUCGGGGAGGAGCUGAAGAGGCUUCCGAGCAACGGAAUGGACCUGGAGCCGCGCGAUCUCCGUAUGCGCAUGCUCCGUCGCCAGCAGGACCUGCACCCGGACCGGCACCAUGGUGAUGCGCUCGCCGAGGACCUUUCGGGACGCAUCAACAAAGCGUACGAGACGCUUGCCUCGCCUCUGAAGCGCAUCGAGUACAUUUACGACAUGGCGACGGACGAGACGGACAAGGUCGACAACCACGAUCUGCUUAUGGAGAUUCUGGAGGCGCGCGAGACGCUCGAGGAGGCGGACGGACAGGAGGUCGAGGAGCUGCGCCAGGACAACCAGGCCAAGGUUGACGACAUUGUGCACCAGAUCUGCGAGCUGCUGCACUCCAAGGAGCCGGACCUGCACGCUGUCAAGCGCCUCGCCGUCGAGCUGCGGUACUGGGUGCAGCUUGAGAACGCAGCCAAGGCCAAGCUCGACAAGAUGGGCCACUAG